GGCAGAUGUUCCCUUCUCUUUUGCUUUGCUUUUGCUCAGCGGGGCGUGCGGUAUAAAAACAGGAAUUUCCGGGUGGAAAAAUCAUAACUCUCCUGCGGCCUUGCAGGAUUGGCUUCGCAAAACAAACUUUGUUACGUCCAUCCUCGUCAACUUGGGAAAAGGUUGUUAUACCAAGAUUUAAUUUCACUUGAUGAAACAGCAGCACUUGAUACGCAAGAGCUAAAAUAAAGAGCUGAUUAAUUGAGCUUUAAUACAAGAAAUGGCUCUUUUAAAGCUGGUGCCCACUUGGUUGGUUUUUCUGGGGGGUUUCUUGGGUUCAUCACUUGGAGAUGAUCCGCAAGGAGGUAGCCCUACUGUCAACAUCCCGUAUGGAGACCCUAGGAGAUGCCUGCUGCGUCCUGAAGACCAAGGAAUCUUGACGUUUGAGGGAUUACCGGGAGGAGGAUGGGAUAAUCUCCGGAACAGGGAAGCGGGAUUAGUGACGGCUAUCAACUACACCGAGUGUCGAUUCACGGAGGAUGGCCGGUUUCUGAUCCCCGACGGUACCUACAUCAUCCCGGUCAAGUCUAGCAAAGUGGACACCUUUGCUGAACUCUUCACCCACUGGAGUAACUACACAUCCACGCUGUCCCGCAGCGUCAACGCUCACGCGGGACUGAGCAUCCACGGGAUUGGCAUCAGUGGAAAAUUCUCAGAUGAAUAUCGGAGCGUCAAGUCUCAGCAAUACAGAGACAGUUCGGAUACGGUUCGAGUCCAGGCACGUUAUGUCCGAUACACUGCUAAGCUUCAACCAGACACGCCCCUCAACAAAGCCUUCCUAACCCGCGUCCGUAAGAUCUCAGCUCACCAUGAGCUCAACAUGACUGACAUGGCUACCUACGAAAGCCAACUCCUAGUCCGAGACUUUGGUACUCAUGUGGUGACAAGCAUAGACGUCGGCGCAGCACUGACACAAGAAGACCAAGUCUUGACCAGCUUCGUUCGCAAGUACUCCUCUGAGACUAAUCAGGUUAAGGCGUCGGCUAGCGCAUCCUUCUUCAAGGUCUUCAACUUUGGUCUUGGUGUGGACACCUCAACCACCACGACCAUGGUCGAUGAAUACCAAAAGAGCCGAACCUCGUCCACCAUCAACACCUACGGAGGACCGGUCUUCAAACCUCAAAACUACACCGCAGAUAACUGGACAGCAGGCAUGGAGAACAACCUGGUUGCCUUAGAUCGAUCCGGAGACCCCUUGUACUUCAUCAUCACUGCAGAGGUUUUGCCAGACGUCCCAGAAUCUACAGUCUUCGAGACAUACGAGAGUGUCAAAGCAGCGGUAGAGCUCUACUACAAACACAACAUCUACAAAGGCUGCACCAAGCGGGACAGUCCCAACUUCAGCUUUAUUGCUAAUGUAGAUGAUGGCACAUGCAAGCCAAAGAGCACCAACUACACGUUCGGUGGUGUGUACCAGACAUGCCAGGGACAAGGCAUCGAGGACCUAUGCUCUGGACUGACUCAGAAGAAUCCCCGCACCGGUGAUUACACCUGUCCACCUGGGUACGAUGCCAUCCUCCUCAACAGCGGUUCUCGCUCACACACGACGAGCCGACAUAGUUGUCAUCGUUGUUGGAUUUUUGCUCACUGCUGUCACGACAACACCUACUACAGUACCGCAACAUAUACAGCCUACUGGUGUGUCGCAGAGGGGCAAGUUCCUCAGCAAUCCGGUUUCCUCUUCGGCGGCGUCUUUACCUCCAAAGUCUCCAAUCCCUUGACCCAGGCUGCAAGCUGUCCUGCAGAGUUCUACCCUCUCAAGCUUCUCUCUGACCUGACAGUCUGCGUCAGUGAUGACUACGAGCUAGGCUUCGAGUACUCUCUCCCCUUUGGCGGAUUCUACAGCUGCAAGUCUGGUAACCCUCUCAUGGUUCGCCAGAUGCAAAGCAAAGGCAAUGGUCUCAAGAGUUUCCCGGAAGGAACCAUGAGCUUGGCAAGUUUCAUGUCACAAGCUGGACCGAGUACAUGGCCUCACGGCUGCCCCGAAGGCUACAGCCAACACCUGGCAAUGGUAGACAUCGGGUGCGAGAUCAACUACUGUAUCAAGACGGGAGCACUUUCCGCCGCCUCACUACCCUUAGUCCACCGACCACCAUUCAUGCCAGCACCACAACCAAAGAAUCCUGAAGGUGGUUUGGUUAUGAUGUCUGCUGACGGAGCAAUGUGGGAAUCCCUCAUCAACGGAAGCCAAGAUAUGUCAGCCAGCAUGAAGUUCCAAGGCUACGCCCCUAACUCCGGCACCCCAUCUAACGCCCCCUCUACUAUCUCCGGUGGAGCCGUCGCAGCCAUCACCGUGGUAGCUACACUUCUCUGCGUCAUCGUGGUUCAAGUUGCAGUUAUGACGUGCCGUUCUCGCUCUCGCAGACGAGAGAAUCGUCAGAUCCGAGGUACUCAAUCAGCUGACACAUCACCUCUCAUCUGUGACUCACCUACAAGAAGCCAAGUCACCUACGGCGCUAGUCAGGCUGGUGAUGAACCAAUCAUUACCGUUCAGUAAAAAGAAGUUAAGGUGACAGACCAGUCUCAGUCGCGUCCAAACUUCUCUGAUAUGUAGUUACACAUGUAUGUAUCUAAGAAAGUGAAUGCGGCCAACCUUUUCAAAAAUAACAUUACUGCUUCAAGUCCAGUUGUCUUGUUUCAAUAUUUUUUUAAAAUUACUGCUUUGUGUCAACCUGGACAUUCUGAUAAAAACCAAAAACUAGAUCAUCUCACAGUACAAAAAAAAAAACUUCUAUCACUGCUUAUGGCCUACAACAAAAAUCUGUGAUGACCAUAGAGUCGGAGAAACAAGCAUUUAGUGUCAACUCUUAUAUAUAAAUAAUCAUUCAAUACGCAGGCACACAAAGAUAAAAUAAUUUUCAAAUGCUUUCAAAUCAAAUACGAAACAACAAAGUAUACCAGAGAAUAGAUUCAUCUUGUACAAUUUGUUUAUGUAAUCAAGACUGAACUCUGAAGAUUUGAAAUCUUGAUAAUAAUCAUGAAUACAUGAACCAAGGAAGCUGAGAAUAGGUCUAGAUUUCCUGAUGUAUGUUUUGGUACUACUCAGAAUGAUUGCAUACACAUUUUACAUGGCAACAUAGCCAAGGUUCUCACCAUAGUGGGCGAGUGGGGGGGGGGGGGCCUGGCUGUUAGUGAGGGGGCGACGCCACUGAUUUUACGGAUUUAUACCAAGUAUCAUGAUUUCUGAUGUAACUAUUUAUUUUUUAGAACAUGUUGAUUCAAAAGUUCUUAAAUCAUUUUUUCUUGUCGCUUAUUUGAUUUGUAAAUAUUGAUUUUAAGGUUUUUUUUAAGUACCUGUAUAUUUACUAUCAAGAAUUCUUUUUUAUAACAUGUUCAUUCAAAAGUUCUUAAUUUAUUUUUAUUUCCAAUGGUUUUGUAUCCCCUGUCAUUUAUGUAAUGGUAAAUAACACAAUAUCUGGGGAAAAAAAUAAUUAGAGAAGUAAUAGAGGGUCCUUGUAAACAAAAGGGACAAUUCCGCUGAAUGUACUUGGAGCUAAUAAAACAUGUAAGCGAACAAACUA